UAUUGAAUCUAUAACAAAAAGUAUAGAAUCAUAGAUACAUUACAAGAUGAAUGCUUUUGGAAAGGUAACCAAAUUUGUGGUGGCUGCUUUUGCCGUUACAGCUUGUAUGACAAGCUAUGCCGUUGCCAAUGAAGGCGAAACAGAUCCCAUGGCAGUAGAUGCUACCGUUGAAGAGAAUCAACCAGAUGCUACUAAUGAAGGUAAUUCACCUGAUGCUACUGUUGACGGCAACCAACCCGACGCUACUGUUGACGGCAACCAACCCGAUGCUACUGUUGACGGCAACCAACCAGAUGCUAGUCUUUAUGAAUACAAACACGAAGUAAUUGUAGAACCUCCAUAUGAAGGCAAGAUACAUGUACAUCUAUUGAGCACAAUACCUAGUUCUAAAUUCCUUUCACGUGAGGAUAGAAGCAUAAACAUGGAAGCUGUGGAAACUCGUAUGAAAGCAAUUGUCGAAAGAAUUGUAAACUAUGAGCCAAAGAAAAAAUGGGAACUUGAUUGCAAGAAUAUUGUAGCAUGCUUCAAAAAAGGCAACGAUAUCAAGGGUACUGUAGAAGGCCCAACCAGUGAGAGUGAUAUCAGGGAUAUUGUAGAAAGCUCAACAUGUGACAGUGAUACGAAGGAUGCUGUAGAAUAUUCAAUAAGUGACAGUGAUUGCAAGGAUAUUGUAGCAUGUCUGAAGAGUGGAAGACCUAUUGAAUUGCCAGAAGACGUUGCUCAAGAUCUUGGCAAUUUAGAAUCAGGCCCACUGCCCAAAACACUAAUUCAACAAUUGGCGGAAUCAUUGGCACAUGAUUUGAUGCGAAGGAAAUUCGGAAGGAUGCCACAUGCACCAACGAUUAUAUUCCAGAAUCCCAGGUCAAUUUGGCAAAAGAAGUAUAAAAACAUAAAGAAUUAUGUCAUUGAAGCACUAAAAACGCCUAAAGUCCUUGAGGUAUGAUUAAAUGGGAAAGGCCAUAAUACAGCAUAUACAUGCUGUGAUGAUAAAUGAA